AAUGGGAGGCGUUUCGGUAGUCACGACUCGUCGAUCCCUGCAUCCAUUCUUGUUUGUUGUAUUGAUGAAAGCAGAUGGCUCAGUGGUACCAAUCUGGAAUCAUUCGUUAGAAGCGAGGAUUAUGAAGAAAUCGUUUCCGGAAGUACAAGAGGGAGGAUUUUAUAAACCGGAUUGUCGAUCAACUCUACUUCCACUUGCGCUUAUUGUACCAAUUACUAAUGAUGACAAAGCUAUAUUAAAUGAUUUCUUACGACAUAUGCAUGAUUUUUUACAAAGACAACAGCAAACUUAUCAAAUAUUCUUCGUCGAGUUAGAUGAAAGUGACGGAGUGAAAUACAAAGAUUAUUCUGGACUUUUAAUGAAUGGUGGAGUAGAAGUUGUAUCAAACCAUGUCAAAAUACUUGACUUUUCAGCCAAUGUUGACUAUUACGUUAAGGGAAAAAGGGAAACAAUAACGGCCUAUCCUGGGUUAGUAACAGCGAUUGAGAUAAACACAUUAAAGCAAAUAGAGGGAUUCCCGCUGAUAAAUUGGAAUCCAUUUUAUUCUAAUCUCUUCGCUGAAAGAAUCGAGAAACAUUACGAAAUAUCAUUUGGGUAUCCAGAUGCUGAGUUUUUUCGCCUUAGGCUUUCAUCGUUGAAAACUGAUUUAAAGUUGAAAAAAAGAGAGAUAUUUACUUUGUUUUUCGUUUGUGUGAACAUUCAAAAUGUUUAUUGUUGGGGUGACUCUCCACAUUAUUCCAAAAAGGAACUAGAAAGGAUGGAAAGACUGGAGGAAAUAAAAAGAAAUCUUAAAGUAGGAGGAUCUUCAUUCGCUGCUAAAAUACCUGUAAAAAUUCAUUCUCGGAUUGAUAAAGGUCUCUAUAUGAAAGGGGGAGAAUUUAAGAUGGGUAUUAAUGAUCGGUCAGCUAAAAAUGGCGAAUUCCCAACUAGAUUAAUUUCUGUGAAACCAUUCAGAAUCGACAAAUACCCAGUGACCAUUAAAGAUUUCUUGCAGUUUAAGGAAAAAAGGGAAAGAUAUUUAACAACUGCAGAAAAAGAAGGCUACAGCUAUGUCUUUCUAUAUAAUGUUGUGCAGCCAGCAGUGGUUGCUGAAGACUUUCUUUUACCACAGGCAAGAUGGUGGGUGCCUGUUAAAGGAGCUAAUUGGUCAAAGCCUUGGGGUCCUGCCUCUAACAUCUCUGAAUUUCUUAACUAUCCCGCUGUCCAUGUUACUAAAAGAGAUGCUGAAGCCUAUUGUACGUCUAUGGGUAAACGCUUACCAACCGAAUAUGAAUGGGAGUAUGCAGCACGUGGAAAACUUAGUGGUGCAAGAUAUCCAUGGGGAGAAACUUUUCGUAGAAGACGUAUGAACGUUUGGCAAGGUGCUUUCCCAAUUGAAAAUAAAAAUGCAGACGGAUACAAAGGUUUAUCUCCUGUUGAUGCCUUUCCUGAACAAAAUGACUUUGGCCUUUACGAUAUGGUCGGUAACGUUUGGGAGUGGACUAGUACAAAAUUUUCGUUAAAAUACCGAUACAGCGAUAUAGUUGAAGACAUCAACUCUCGUAACAAAAGCGAUAUUGAGUUUGUAAUACGCGGUGGCUCUUUUGUCGAUUCUAGUGAUGGACGUUUUAAUUAUGAGGCGAGAUGCGCUACAAGGAAACCGUUAAAACCAACAUUUAGAGGCGAAAAUAUUGGAUUUAGAUGUGCUGAGAGUUUGAUUUAUCAGCCAGUCAAUACUAGAGGUCAGCAAAAACCAAAGAAACAAAUUGUUAGUCAAGCGGAGAAAAAGAUUUUGAAUGGUGACAUACCACCCAAGCGAGCCCCUAAAGUGCACACACUGGAAGAAACAUGGGAGUUUAAAGCAAAGAAGAUGGUUUCCAAUCUCUUAUUCGAUAAGGAGAAGAAGAGAGACUCCCCAGGCAGACAUUACGAAUUGUAA